GGGACAGCGAAUCAAAUAACACCUGAACAGAUUAGUUAUGAGAACAUCACUGACGCUGCAGACCCUGCCUACUUUAACGUGCAAUGUCGCUUGAACCUGCCAGCCCUGAAGUUGUCUAAAGGAUCCCACCAGUUCGGUGUCUUUGUGUACCCAAACGUGACAGGUCGGGAUAGUGACUCGAUCUAUGGAGUCAACAGCGAUUUAACAUAUCCUCAGUCAGUAGCGUACCCUAGUGUAGAGUUGGACUCAUGCCCAGAGACCUACGUUGUGGAAGGGAACGAGUUCAGCUGCACCUGCCGGGAGACUGUCAACGUCUUCAUCCCCGCAAACACAACACUGGUCUACGGGUCAGCCAGUGUUACGAAUGGAGCCGUUGGAAGCGUCACUGGAACCUUUACAGCCAACAGGACCACAACAGAAUUGGGCUGCCAAGCAAAACUUAGAGAUGGUACUUCCGUUGUUGUCACACACAAGCUUCUUGUUGCUUCACAGAGUGUCCAAUCCACUUCAGAUGUAAAUGUUGCCGGUGUGGCUGGGGGAGCUGUCGCUGCGGUACUUGCUGCUGUAGCAACAGCGACGGUCAUUGUCGUGGUUAGGAGAAAAGGUCUAAAAAAAUGCUGGCUCAAAAGAAACAGGGACAACGAGUCCAUCCAGCCAAGUGAAUACAUGCAAGUGUCCCCCAGUCACUUCGGCUCACAGGGGGCAGCUGCCGGGAGCGUGACCAACGAUCACCAGUAUGACGAAAUCAGCAUCAUAAGUUCCCGUGAAGCUAGCUUCUUCACACCCCAACCUUUCCCCGCCUCGCGAAAUCUAACCAACCAGUAUGAGAAUGUUAUUUCCGAUUAG